CGUAAACCUAACCUUAAUUCAAAAUAUCCUGAACGUGGUUCUUUGAAAAAUUGUCAACAAUAACAAAUCCUUUCUUAUCAAUUUUUCUUUGAAAUCAACACAGUUGGAACCGAAAUGGUUCGAAAACACAACAAUCAACUCCCAGAAAACCUCCCACAGCUUCAAAACUUAAUCAAAAGAGACUCUGCAUCGUACCAUGAAGAGUUUCUACAACAAUACCAGCAUUUCCAAAACACUCUCGAAGUUUUCCAGCUGGCUCCCGACCAACCCAACAAAACUCUGGAUGAAUUGGUAAUGUUUAUGGCCCAAGUGGCUCAGUGCUACCCCAAGGAACUUGAAAAAUUCCCUCAGCAACUUAUAGAUUUAAUGCAAAAGCACAAUACAGUCCUCGACAACUCGAUAAGGAUGAACUUGUGCAAGGCGCUUAUUUUGUUGAGAAACAAAAACUUACUGGCACCAACAGACCUUUUGGAAUUGUUUUUCCAUCUACUGAGAUGCCAAGAUAAGUCUUUGAGGCAGUUUUUGGAAACUCACAUUAUAACAGACAUAAAAAACUUGAAUAAGAAACAUAAAAAUGCUAAACUUAAUACUACACUUCAAAAUUUUAUGUUUACCAUGCUGAAGGAUACUAAUGCAAGAGCUGCGAAAAUGUCUGUGGAUAUCAUGAUUGAAUUGUAUAAGAAAAAUGUCUGGAAUGAUGCUAAGACUGUGAAUGUAAUUGUAACAGGAUGUUUUUCCAAUGUGAUGAAGGUCAUGGUAGCUUCAUUGAAAUUCUUCCUGGGCAAAGACGAGAACGAAAAAGAUUCAGACAAUUCAGAUUCGGACGAGGAAGUAGAUCCGAAAGAAGUGAUGAUGGCAAAUAAAGUUAACAAAAAGACACGUAAACGUGCCAAAGAUCUGGAAAAAGUUAAAAAACUAGCUGCAAAAGCUUAUAAGAAGAAAAGCCAGGCUGUGCCAUUUAAUUUCAGCGCUAUUCAUCUUAUACACGAUCCUCAAGGCAUGGCAGAGAAAUUAUUUAAACAAAUUGAGUCUAGCAAUCACAGAUUUGAAGUUAAACUUAUGACUUUAGAUGUUAUUUCUCGUCUGAUUGGGUUGCAUCAGCUAUUUUUGUUCAAUUACUAUUCUUAUAUCCAGAGAUUUAUGCAACCGCAUCAGAGAGAAGUAACAAGAAUUCUACAAUUUUCUGCUCAAGCCAGCCACGAACUUGUUCCUCCUGAUGUUAUAGAGCCACUUUUAAAAACUCUGGCAAAUAAUUUCAUAACCGAAAGGAAUUCUUCUGAUGUAAUGGCUAUUGGCUUGAAUGCAGUAAAAGAAAUUUGUACUAGAUGCCCUCUCAGUAUUUCAGAGGAUCUAUUAAGAGAUCUAGCUCAAUAUAAAACAUACAAAGACAGAUCUGUAAUGAUGGCCGCUAGAAGUCUUAUUCAAUUAUUCAGAAAUCUAAGACCAGAAUUGUUGCAUAAGAAAGAUAGAGGAAGGCCCACAGAAGCCACUGAGGAAAUUGAGAAGUUGGAUUACGGAAGAACACAGGCUAAAGAUUAUGUUCCUGGAGCUGAAGUUCUAUUAGAUGAAGAUAAAAAUGAAGACAUUGAAAUUAAUAGUGAAUCAGAAUCAGAUGAUGAACAAUGGGUUGAUGUGCAGCAUUCUGAUAAUGAUAUGGAGGCUGAAUCAGAUGAAGAACUUUCAGAGGAAGAGGAGGAGGAUAAUGACGAUGCUGCAACUACUAUACAAAAUACUAGUAGCAAUAGAAAAGUUCUUAAAGCAAAAAGAACCAAAACAGAAAUUCUACAAAACAAAAAAGCCCAGGCCAAACAAGUAACAGUCGAAAGACUUCUUACAGAUGAAGAUUUCAAAAGAAUUGACAUGGCCAAUGUGCAAAAGCAAAUGCACAGCACCACCAAAGGCCUGAAACGUAAACUGGAAGAGAAUACCAAGGCCAAAAACAAAGACGACCUUGUAAAACUGAGCGACAUUGAAAACAUUUACAAGAAAAGGAAGCACGAUAAACUAACUAGAAUGCAGACAGUUAAAGAAGGCCAAGAAGGUAGAGAGAAGUUCGGCUACAAAGAUGGCAGGGUCAAUAUUCACUGUUCCAAGACAAACAGGGAGAAAAGGAAGAAGAAAAAUUUCCAAAUGAUCAAACACAAAGUGCAAGGGAAGGUUAAGAGGAGCUUCAAAGACAAGCAAAUAUCUUUGAGGAAUCAUUUGGUAAAAUUGAAGAAAAUGAAGUAAAAUUUGUUUGUUUCUUACUUUUAUUGUUGAUAAUAAAUUAAGUUUAAAAGUU